UUUGAGCACUUGUGCUGAAUCCUACCGCGCGCGCUUUGAAUUUCCCAGCAGCUAAGCACGUCUCCUCUCCUGGUCGGUGUACCAGGCAGAAAGGUGCAGAGACCCAGCUGACGCAGGACUCCAGGCAGACAGGCUCCAGCAGAGGGUGACCAGAUGUGGUGUCUGGAGCGACUCCGCUUGGGCCCUGAGUGCCUUCGGCGGGGCGGGGACUGGCUUCUCCCGGGUCCGGCCCGCGGAGCCAGGUCUCUCACCACCGCCGCGUGCGCAAACGUGCUCACUCCGGACCGCAUCCCCGAGUUCUGCAUCCCGCCGCGGCUCGCGCCCCGCCUGACCUUGGCUGCGCUCCGGAAUUCUUGGAGUGAAGAAGCAGGGAGAGACGAAGGCGCCAGCCACACGGACUGGGACCCGCGCUCGCAGGCCGCGCUGUCGCUCCCGCAUCUGCCGCGUGUGCGCACCGCCUACGGCUUCUGCGCGCUGCUGGAGAGCCCGCACACGCGCCGCAAGGAGUCGCUCCUGCUCGGGGGCCCGCCCGCGCCCCGGCCCCGGGCCCACACCUACGGCGGCGGCGGCGGCGGCCCGGACGCCCCCCUGGGGACACUGCGAGGCCAGCGAGCCCCGCUCCGGGCCACCCCGGCGGCCCCCGGUGGUCACCGCCCGCCCCAGGACGCUCUAGCCCCGCGGCCCCGCGGCUGCCGCCUCCUGCGCGCCCCCAACGGGCUGCUGAGCCGCGCGCUGCGGGCUGGAAGGAGUCGCCGCCGGGCCCGCGCCCGCUCCGUCUCCAGCGGGAACGAGGACGAGGAGCGCCGCGCAGGCUCCCAGUCCCCGGCCCGGGCCCCCUCCGCGAGCCCCCCGUCGGCCCGGGCAGCGCUUCCCGAGCGCCUAGAGGCCGAGGGCACCGUGGCUCUGGGCCGCGCCGGCCACGCCCUGCGCCUGGCCGCCGAGUACUGUCCGGGAACCGGGCGCCUCCGCCUCCGGCUGCUCCGCGCCGAGGGCCUGGCCGGAGGCACCCCCGUGCCCCGCGCGCUCCGCUGCCGCCUCAGCCUCGUGCUACGGCCGCCGGGCACCGCGCGCCGGCAAUGCAGCGCCGUCAUGGGGCGCAGCCGCAAGGCCGCCCUGGACCAGGACUUCUGCUUCGACGGCCUUUCGGAGGACGAGGUGCGCAGCCUGGCGGUUCGCGUAAAGGCCCGGGACGAGCGCCGCGGCCGGGAGCGGGGCCGGCUGCUGGGCCAGGGCGAGCUGCCGCUGGGCGCCCUCCUGCUGCCCUGUGGGCCCGGCCUUCCCCCUGGCGCUCCCGACACUGACAGCCGCCUUGAAUAAAAUAAACGUGUAUUUGUUGUUCUCAUCAGGCCUGUUUCAUUUCAACACUAGUAGAGAUGACUCUAGAUUAAAAGUAUCCCCGUAAAAGAUAAGAUAUUUUCCAUAGAUACCUCUAGA